CCGUCUGUCAUCUGUCACGUUGAUAAUGGCCAAGUGAUUGAAAUACUGAAAAUUUACCAAUUUCUUCUAUAAGCCACCAAAAUACUGAAACUCAAGAAUGGGAGGAGGUCCGAGCAAAACGAGAAAAUUAUCGGUCGAAAAUGACGACCCUACAAGUGUCAUAAGAGUAUCCGAAGACGUCGUUGACAGAAUACGAGGAGGUCAAUUGAAGGAACCACAAGCUCCCCAACCAAGUACUUGGCAAGAAAAUGUACCACAAGCAGCUGCAACCCCAAUUUAUAUGUGUGAACCAAGUGUAACCUCAGUCCAACUCAAAAGUGAACAUUUAGAGAACCUGAAGAAAAACGACUUUUACUGGGCGCAAAGGCUGAAGAAACUGCAUGACUCUCACAAGGCUAUUGAUGGAGUAUUAGAAGAGGAGUUCAACAAAGCUUCUAAGAUUCUAGGAGAUCCAAAGAAAAAAGUAUUUACAGAACUACCAUGUGCUGAAGCCAGAGAAGCAGUUUUAAAAUGCUAUAAAGAAAAUGCAUGCACACCAAUGCAGUGUUCACAAGUAGUCAAAGAUUUCCAAAAAUGCGUUGAUAAGAAGAGAAUCAGUAUGCUUGCAGAGAAAAAGGGAUAAGUGGCACCAGCAAUCCCAUCCCAUGAAGUACUAGUAAUUAUUUGAGUUUCAACUGUAUAUAUAUUUAAAUAAAAAGAAUGUUGGAUAAAUGGAA